CUCUUUGGCACUCCGCCUCUCGGCGCACCACCACCACCACCACUCACUCUCAUCCUUGUACAUUCUUAGAUAAAGCUCACCUGCUUAGACAGCUGUACACUACAAUGUGUGGAAUCAUCGGUAUCCUUCUUCACGACCCCCUCGCGACCCAGACCGUCCAGGCCGGCGCCGAGCUCGCCGAGGGUCUCUCGCUCCUCCAGCACCGUGGCCAGGACGCGGCUGGUGUCGUCACCUGCGGCUCGGGUGGCCGCUUCUACCAGGUCAAGGCCAACGGCAUGGUCCGUGAUGUCUUUGACUCGCAGGCCAUCACCGGCCUCAAGGGCUACAUGGGCGUCGGACACGUCCGCUACCCCACCGCUGGUGGCUCGGACCACGCGGAAGCCCAGCCCUUCUACGUCAACUCCCCGUAUGGAAUCACCUUUGCUCAUAACGGUAACCUCAUCAACACGCCCGCGCUUCGCCAGUACCUCGACGCCGACGCGCACAGGCACAUCAACACCAACUCUGACUCGGAGUGCCUGCUCAACAUCCUGGCCGACAACCUCCAGAAGACGGGCAAGUUCCGUAUCAACGAGGAGGACAUUUUCAAGGCCAUUGGCGACCUCAUGUCGACCGUCAAGGGUGCCUACGCCUGUGUUGCCAUGCUUGCCGGUUUCGGUCUCAUUGCCUUCCGUGACCCCAACGGUAUCCGCCCCGUUGGUAUCGCCACCCGCAAGGGCGCGCGCGGUGGCGUCGACUACCUGAUUGCCAGCGAGAGCGUCGUUGCGCAGGGCCUGAGCUUUGACGGCUGGGACGACGUCAAGGCUGGUGAGGCUGUCAUCAUCACUCGUGACGGUGGCCUCUCGCGCCGCAUCGUGGCCGAGCCCAAGCCUUUCGCCCCCGACAUCUUCGAGCACGUCUACUUUGCCCGUCCCGACUCGACCAUUGACGGCAUCAGCGUCUACCGUUCGCGUAUGGCCAUGGGAGAGCUCCUUGCCGAGAACGUUGAGCGCGAGCUCGAGAAGGCCAACCUCAAGGUUGAUGUCGUUAUCCCUGUUCCCGACACGUCGCGUGUCGCUGCGCUCCAGCUCGCUCAGCACCUUGGCCUCCCUUACCGCGAGGGCUUUGUCAAGAACCGCUACAUUGGACGCACCUUCAUCAUGCCCGGCCAGUCGGAGCGCCGCAAGAACGUCCGCCGCAAGCUCAACGCCAUGCCCAUGGAGUUUGCCGGCAAGACUGUGCUGCUUGUUGACGACUCGAUUGUCCGCGGCACAACGUCCAAGGAGAUUAUCCAGAUGGCCCGUGACGUUGGAGCCAAGAAGGUGAUUAUCGCCUCUUGCGCCCCCCCAAUCCGCCACUCGAACGUGUACGGCAUUGACAUGCCCUCUCCUCACGAGCUGGUCGCGUACGGCCGCACCACCGAGGAGAUUGCCGAGUACAUUGGCGCCGACCUGGUCAUCUACCAGACCCUUGACGACCUCGUCAAGUCAUGUUCCAUGUUCAACCCUGCCAUCAAGCAGUUUGACUGCUCCGUCUUCACUGGUGACUACAUCACUGGCGGUGUCGACGAGCACUACCUCGAGUACGUCGAGCGUCUGCGUAACGACAAGGCCAAGGCCAAGAAGGGCGGCCUCAAGCUCGACCUUGAGUCUCAGCCCAACGGCAAGUCGUCGGCCAACGGACCCGACGGCGUCGUCGGCCUCGUCAACCACUCGCCAAAGCUUGGCCCGACCGGCAUGGCCUCGCCCAACGACACUGUCGGUCUCCACAACAGCAUCCACGGCCACUAGAGGGCCUGCCUACCCAUAGCCCCCUAGGCAAGGGCAUGUGUAUAGACAAUCAGCCAAUCUACUACCUACAAUACAACCAAAAACCGAGGGAGCAUCUGUUGGAUACCCGCAUCAGGUGAUACCCUUUGUGAUGCAUUGAAUCGAUAAGGA